GGGAAAGGUGCUUCUACUCGCUAGCAGCCGUGUUGCUUGUGCGCAGAGGCGUCGAGAAGCCUGGUGUUCCGUCUUGGCUCGGCUGCUGAUUUCUCUCCGCUUGAUCCAUGAUGGAUGGUUACGACAAUGAUGAUUCGGAACGACGCUUGUACGAAGACGAACUUUACAAGGACCCUCUAGAAAGUGUGGACGCAGAGCACACUGACAGUGCAGAGAGUGAUCUCGAGGACAAUCUGCUGGCACAUGUAAAUUAUAAUCACAGUUUCACCUUGGAGGCGGAAGGUGAUGAUGAUGCAGAGGAUCUGUCAAAGGGUGAUAUUCUACCAGAAGACCUCACGAAUGCCAAGCUGAAUGAUGAUGAGGAUGACAAACGUUCCUCAGACAUGGAUAUAUCUGAGGAUGAGCAAAUUUCGCCUUUACCGAAGGCCCCUCAACCGGACGUCGAUGAACCCGAUACUGUCGACGUCCAAGCACCGCUACCCGUCAUGAAAAUCAAGAGCGCUGCUCCUACGGAUGUCGUGGAGCUGGAGGAUUUCUUAACAAAAUCAAGCUUCAACCAUCCUAGAUAUUUCGGGUCUGAAAUCAUGUGUCUCUUUUGCAGAAAGACGGGCCACACGGCCAAGUCGUGUCCUGAAAAGGAAACUGCAUGUUUCUUAUGUAAAGCUGAUCACGAGCCAUUGAAAUGCCCGCUUGCCGAUGUAUGUUACCGCUGCUGGCGACGGGGCCAUCAAUAUAAAGAUUGUGAUGCAUCUAGAGACGAUAGAGACUGUGCCUUUUGCAAAGAGCAUCAUCGGGUUAUGGAGUGUCCAGGUGUCUGGCGACAGUAUAUUUAUACUGCCUUGUCAAGCUCUAAAUCAGUACCGCAUGAGAAAGACGCGCACAUUUUCUGCUACGAAUGCGGGUUGGAGGGACAUUUUGGUGACGACUGCCCUCAUCAAGGACGGUCGCGAAGGCGAGGACCAGCACGAGACGGUGCCUUCAGUACGAAAUCGCUUAGACAAGAGUACAAAUUCGAGCGUUAUCGAGCUCAAGAAGUUUUCAUCCCACCAAGGCGACGGAGUCGGAGCAGAUCUGAUUCUCGCGAAAGACCACCAUAUCGUGAUUCUCGCGAGAGACCUCCACAUCGUGAAUCUCGCGCUCCAUCUCGUGAGCGACCUAGAAAACCAGUGCACACACGAUUUACAUCGAUUUCCCCAUCAUCUACCUCGCGUUCAUCUAGGUCAUCCCUCUCACCGCCACGGUCACGACGAGAUACCCCAAUGAAGCGAUCAAACUCUGUUCGUGAUGGUCGUGGGCGCACCGACAGACCCAAAAGUAGCAGGGAGGAUGACCGCGAAAGAAAACGACACAGUUAUACCAGCCACACCGAGAAGAAAUCUGACCUUCGAGAUCGAAUACGAAACCCUGUGGAUCGAAAUGGACGUGGAAGUUCUAGGACGGACUCAAAAUUGCAGGACAAGUUCAAGCCGCGAUAUCGUGGGACAUAUGAUGGAUCUCGAUUGAGCCCAGGUUCUGGAAAGCGACGGUGAUAUGCACUAGCGUAGGAAAACUCACAGUUAGAAAAGGCCGUUAUUUAUAAUUUUUAUCGAAUUGCGUUUGCUUUGGAGUCCUUUGUGGAAUCUUGAACCAUCCUCUAAUGAAACUGUGCCAUAUUUUCAGUCACCGUG